CUCUCUCUUUCUCUUUCUUUUUUAUGUAAUAUUAAUCAAUAUUAUAAUGUACUUUUUCAUUCUCUCUCUCUCUCUCUCUAUCUCUCUCUCGCCGUCCCCAAAAAACACCCUAAGGCUUAAUCCACUCCUUCAGUUAAUCUUUACAAACCGCAUAAGCUUUGCUCUGUUUUAGCCUUAAUCUGCUGCAGCAGCCAUGGUUUCCUGUUUCCUCUUGCUAUUUGCUUUAGGGUUUUUCUUAUUUUCUUUCUUUGUCUUUUUCAUGCGAGAAUCAAUGUCUUUUUACGCCAAGAAAUCGGUUUUAAUGUCUUCCAAUACUGAGCCUCGUUCGUAUCCUUUUCUUGGUAGUCUCAUCUCUUUCUACAAGAACCAAUAUCGUCCGUGCCAGACUAUCGUGGUGAGUCGACUUGGUGCACGUCGUACUGUUGUGACGGCGAACCCGGCUAACGUCGAGCACAUGCUCAAGACCAACUUCAAUAAUUUCCCUAAAGGCAAGCCAUUCACUGAAAUCCUCGCCGAUCUUCUCGGUUGUGGGAUAUUUAAUGUGGAUGGGGAGUUGUGGAGCACUCAAAGGAAGCUAGCUAGCCAUGAGUUUAGCACCAGAUCAUUGAGAGAAUUCGUGGUGAAAUCGCUUCAUGAAGAAGUUGAGAAUCGGCUGUUACCAUUGCUUGAAGAAGCAAUGUUGACUGAGAAAGUUAUUGAUUUUCAAGAUGUAUUGAGACGAUUUGCAUUCGAUACUGUCAGUAAAGUAUCAUUCGGUCAAGACCCUUGUUGCUUGGAUCUUUCGAGACCAGUGCCGCCUCUCGUGAAAGCUUUCGAUAGCGCAUCGGAGAUCAGCGCCAUGCGAGGGAUGGCACCCAUGUUUCUUGUAUGGAAAAUGAAGAGAGCUUUUAACAUUGGGUCAGAAAAGAAACUGAAACAAGCGGUUCAAUUCGUCCAUGGAUGCGUUUUGGAGAUCAUCAGAAACAAAAAGAGGGCUCUUGAAGUUGAAACAUCAGCUGAAACAGAAGAUCUUUUGUCGAGGUUGUUGUCGGCUGGGCAUGACGAGGAAGUUGUAAGAGAUAUGAUGAUUAGCUUAAUCAUGGCUGGAAGAGACACCACUUCCUCGGCAUUGACUUGGCUCUUUUGGUUGCUUUCUAAGCAUCCAAACGCCGAGGAAAUGAUGGUAAAAGAAGUGAAAUCAAUGGUUGGCAAUGACGAAAAACGAUUGGAUUUCCAGGUGUUAAAGGAAAUGAAUUGCGUUAAAGCCUGUUUAUGUGAAUCAAUGAGGCUUUACCCGCCGGUUGCAUGGGAUUCAAAGCAUGCAGUAAACGACGACGUUUUACCCGAUGGAACUUUUGUCGGGAAAGGAGACAGGGUGACCUAUUUCCCCUACGGAAUGGGGAGGAUGGAGGAGUUAUGGGGCAAGGACCGGUUGGAGUUUAAACCAGACCGGUGGUUCGAGGAACCGGGUGCAGAGCAUGGGUUGCUGAAGGCAGUAAGCGCUUUCAAUUUCCCGGUGUUUCAGGCGGGUCCAAGAGUUUGCCUUGGGAAAGAAAUGGCGUUCAUUCAGAUGAAGUAUGUAGUCGCUUCAAUAUUGAGACGGUUCGAGAUCAGAGUAGUAUGCCAGGAAGAACCGGUUCUUGUUCCUCUCUUAACCGCUCAUAUGGCAGGUGGGCUGAAGGUGGUGGUAAGGAGAAGAGAAUUGAAAUAGCAAGACAUUUAUUUUCGAUUUUCGUAUUUACAACCUUUCUUCGUUGUCAACUAUGAUCCAAAAUGGUUUAGAUGGAUGUAAGUCGGUAUAUAUUCUGUGCCCUUUUUUUUUUCGAAA